AAGUGUAGUAUAGCUCUUAUAUAAAUCGAUAGAUAAUUUAUAUUUUCAAAUAUUUUAUUCUGUUUUCACACUUGUUGGUUGGAUUAGUCGUAAUGCAGUUGACGUUGGAGCAAUUGGCGCGCAUUGCGCUGGGCGUGCCAGAGUUGAAUCACGUGAAUCUCGCUGUUCUUCACAGUCUAUUGGAUACGUUGAUGAAAAAGAUGAACUGCAAUAAUGAUUUGGUAACAAUUGAUGGCUUUGAGGGCAAGUGCUUGGAGAGGCUGCUGGAACGCUCGAAAAUCUCGCCGCUUCCAUUCGAUUUGGCCAACAUUGAGCCAAUUUCCAACGAGUUGGAUAAGUUGGGGGCUAUGGAGAAGCGUUUGGCCCAAGUCGAAUCAAAGCUGGAAUCCCACUUCAAGCAAAUACGCAUCGUCAACAAAGUUAACUCGAAGCAGUAUCGAAAACGGUUAUGGGAAGAGUACACAUCACCAUGUGAGGAUCUGUGCACCGUUUGCGACGAGGACAACAAGAUUGCCUGUAGUCUGCUACAGAAUAUGGACUUCAUGAAGAAACUAUUGCGACGCAUUGCCACGCCGCUACUCGAAAUGAUAGAGAAAGUGCAAGAGGAUCUGAAUAAGUUCUAUACAACGCUGGAUGCAUUUUUGAAGAAGACACAGAGGCUGUUCGACCGACUCGAAAUGGUCAAACAGUGCGUCAUCGAGAUUGAGAAUUUGCGUGAAUUGGUCAAGGAGUAUAAUCUAACCUUCAUUGGCACCAUGGAGGAGCUGCAGGAUAUGCUCGAUAGUAAAUUGGAUAAGGUCCAUAUGCCGGCACUCAAGAAGUAUAUACGCGAUCGUUUCGAUAAUAUCGAUAAUCGUUUGAGACUGAUUGAGGAGAAGGAUUCGUGUCCACGUGCUGCUGGAUUCCUUCAUACAGACAUUGCUUGCAUCUCCUGUGGCAAUAAGAACAUCGGCGUCGAUGUCGGGCCACUUAACAUUGGACCUCUGCCGGAUGCCAAACGCAAUAGCAAAUGCCCGACGAUGCCGCUAAAUUGCCAAAAGAACUUUUCCUCUCGCAUCCACGAUAAGGAGCCUACAUUGAUGGUGCGUGUUCAGAACCUGGAUUUGAAUGUGAUUGCCCAACGAUUGAAUCGUCAAAGUUCAGCGAAAGUCUGCAAGCUGCCAGAAGCCAAUGAUACCAUCUACGGCGUACGCAACUCCAACUAUUCAGUCUAAACCCCAUGUCAUCCCUAUUUAACUUUUCAAGUUCGUCCAAAAUCGUUAACGUUUAGUAAUGCUGACAACCAGUUUUCUCCUUCUGACCCAACGACGUCUGUCCACAGCGUCUCAUACACAGUUCUUCAGUUGCGACAAAAAAAAGUGCACUAAUUUAAAUGGUAAUUACCGGUAGUCCAGUUCUCUUGGACUGACUCAACUUUAGCUGCAGCUGCAUACGCCGCGAAAGGGGGAUUAGCUGGAGUGACAAACGAUCAACCGUAUCCGGUAGCCCGCGCAGUUCACCUAAUGAUGCCAUUAAAAUGCAGCCGAGGCUAUCGAACGGGUUCUCUACCGCACGCACACACGCAGCGCCAGAGACAGUGGUAGAGAUAGAGAUAGAGAUAGAGACAGAAGAGAAACGAGGUAACUUGGCUUGGUCAUAAAGUUUGCCAGCCUAAUGGAGAAAUCGGUUGAGAGCAUUCAAAUUUCCUUUAAUAAGUCAACAUUCGUAACGGGUUUUCCUUAUCUACUUAAGUGAUUCCAAAUAAAUUACCUAGAGUUAAUUAUAAACUGAGAAAGAGUUAACUGGAGCUAUAAAGUAACUGAUGUG